AGAAGCACCCUGCCCUCAGGAUUUCAUUUGACAGCUUGCUAUUCAGUUUGGAACUCUACUGCUGCAAAGCGUGGCUUUAAAGGAGUUAAAGCCACAAAUUACCGUAUUGCUAGAAAGGCUGGGAAGUGAGGCGAAGGACAGCGGAACUUCCUCUACCGGAUCACUCAUGGGAGGAGGGUGGCGUGCAGAGAGGCUCUCUGGCCCUUCCAAGGAUCGAGGCAUCAGCUGGCAGACAAAGAGGAUGCCAAUAAGAGCGCUCCAGACAACUGAGAAUAACAAGCUACGUUAAAAAGGAAAGCAAAUCAAGCCUGAAAUGAAAAUAUUUUCCAUUUCCUUCAAAAAAAAAAAAAACCCCACAUAAUUCUUCUCCUUCUCCAGGACGUGAUCAAGAAGAGAUUACAAACUGGAAAAAGUAGAGUAUGCAGAACUCAAGGAAACAUUACAGGUAGUCCUUGACUUAGAACACUUCAUGUAAUGACCGUUCAAAGUUACAACAGCACUGAAAAAAGUGACAUGACUCAUUUUUUAAGCUUAUAACUAUUGCAGCGUUCCCAUGGUCAUGUGAUUUAUAUUUGGAUGCUUGGCAGCUAACUCACAUUUAUGAUGGUUGCAGUGUUUUGGGAUCAUGUGAUCCCCUUUUGCAAUCUUCUGACAAGCAAAGUCAAUGGGGAAGCCAGAUUCACUUAACAACUAAUUUAACAACCGCAGUAAUUCAGUUAACAAACUGACAAGAAAAACUAUAAAAUGGGGCAAAGCUCACUUAACGAGUGCCUCACUUAGCAACAUCAAUUUGGGGCAUAAUUGUGGUUGUAAAUCAAGGACUACCUGUACAUGAAAAGGUCAAAGGAGAUUAUUUUUUCCAUUCACAAAAAGAAGGAAAUGUCUGGAAGUCAGUGUGGAGGAAAAGGUCAAUUGGAUAGUCACACAGGGCAGACAGCGAUACAAGCCUUGCCCUGGGAGGAAGAAAACGGCUUGAAUCAAAGCACCACUAAACAAGGGAUCACAUAUAUUUUUGACCACAAGUGCUCCCAAAGUAGAGAGCGUGGUAACUUGAUGAUACAUUAAAUAACUCACACCAUGGAGAAACCCUUGGAAAGCUCUGAUUUGGGGGAAAGUUUCAGUCAGAACUCCAAUCUGAUGACACACCAGACGUGGCACACAAAAAAGAAAUAUGAGUGUUGUGAUUGUGGGAAAUGUUUUAUUGCAAAUUCCCACCUUGUGAUGCACCAGAGAACACAUACAGGAGAGAAACCCUUUAAAUGUCCAGUUUGUGGGAAAACUUUCAGUCACAAUUCCAACCUGAUGAAACACCAGAGAACUCACACAGGAGAGAAAUAUCAAUGUCCAUAUUGUGGGGAAAGUUUCAUCACAAAAUUCCAGCUCACGAGUCACCAGAGGACUCACACAGGAGACAAACCCUUUGAAUGCUCUGAUUGUGGGAAAUGUUUUAGUUACAAUUCACACCUGGUGAUACACCAAAGGAUUCACACAGGAGAGAAACCCUUUGAAUGUCCUGAUUGUGGAAAAACUUUCAUUAAAAAUUACUGCCUCAUGAUACACCAGAGAACUCACACUGGAGAGAAACCCUUUGAAUGUCCUGAUUGUGAAAAAUGUUUCAGUCGAAGUUCCAGUCUGGUGAUACACCAAAGGACUCACACAGGAGAAAAACCCUUUGAAUGUCCUGAUUGUGCAAAAAGUUUCAGUUGGAGCUCCAGCCUAGAGAUUCAUCAGAGGAUUCACAAAGGAGAGAAACUCUUUGAAUGUCCUGAUUGUGGGAAAAGUUUCAUUACAAAAUUGCAGCUCAUGAGUCACCAGAGGACACACACAGGAGACAAACCAUUUGAAUGUCUUGACUGUGGAAAAAAAUUCAGUCACAAUUCCAACCUGGUGAUACACCGGAGGACUCACACAGGAGAGAAACCGUUUGAAUGUGCUCUUUGUGGGAAAUGUUUUAGUCAGAAUUGCAGUCUGGUGAAACACCAGAGGACUCACACAGGAGAGAAAUCAUAUGAGUGUCCGGUUUGUGGGAAACGUUUCAGUCACAAUUCCAAUCUUGUGGAACACCAGAGGACUCACACAGGAGAGAAAUCAUAUCAGUGUCCAUACUGUGGGGAAAGUUUCAUUACAAAAUUACAGCUCAUGAGUCACCAGAAGACUCACACAAGAGAGAAACCCUUUGAAUGUCCUGAUUGUGGAAAAAGUUUCAUGAAAAAUUACACCCUCAUGAUACACCAGAGAACUCACACAGGAGAGAAACCCUUUAAAUGUCCUGAUUGUGGGAAAAGUUUCAGUGAGAAUUCCCACCUGGUGAUUCACCGGAGGACCCACACAGGAGAGAAACCCUUUAAAUGUCUUGCUUGUGGAAAACGUUUCAGUCAGAAUUCCCACCUGGUGGUUCACCAGAGGACUCACACAGGAGAGAAACCCUUUAAAUGUUCUGAUUGUGGGCAAUGUUUCAGUGAGAAUUCUGUCCUGGUGAUACACCGGAGGACUCAUACAGGAGAGAGACCCUUUAAAUGUCCUGUUUGUGGGAAAUGUUUCAGUCAGAAAUCCCAUCUGGUGAUUCACCAGAGGACUCACACAGGAGAAAAACCCUUUGAGUGUCCUGAUUGUGGCAAAGGUUUCAGUCAGAAUUCCAAUAUGCUGGUACACCAGAGGACUCACACAGAAGAUAAAAAGGGUUUCUUUGGGGGAAAGUUUCAGUCAGAACUCCAGCCUGAUGAUACACUAGACGAUGCACAAACAAAAAAAAAAUCAUAUGAGUGUUGUGAUUGUGGGAAAUGUUUCAUUGCAAAUUCCCACCUUGUGAUGCACCAGAGAACACAUACAGGAGAGAAACCCUUUGAAUGUCCUGAUUGUGGGAAACGUUUCAGUGAGAAUUCUUACUUGGUGAACCACCAGAGGACUCAAAUAGGAAAGAAAUGGUAUGAGUGUCCAGUUUGUGGGGAAGGUUUCAGUCACAAUUCCAACCUGGUGAAACACCGGAGGACUCACACAGGAGAGAAAUAUCAAUGUCCAUAUUGUGGGGAAAGUUUCAUCACAAAAUUCCAGCUCACGAGUCACCAGAGGAUUCACACAGGAGACAAACCAUUUAAAUGCUCUGAUUGUGGGAAAUGUUUUAGUUACAAUUCACACCUGGUGAUACACCAGAGAAUUCACACAGGAGAGAAACCCUUUGAAUGUCUUGAUUGUGAAAAAUGUUUCAGUCAAAGUUUCAGCCUGGUGAUACACCAGAGGACCCACACCAGAGAGAGACCCUUUGAAUGUCCUGAUUGUGGGAAAAGUUUCAGUCGGAGCUCCAGCCUAGUGAUUCAUCAGAGGAUUCACAAAGGAAAGAAACUCUUUGAAUGUUCUGAUUGUGUGAAAAGUUUCAUUAGAAAAUCGCAGCUCAUGAGUCACCAGAGAACACACACAGGAGACAAAGCAUUUGAAUGUCCCGAUUGUGGAAAAAAUUUCAGUCACAGUUCCAACCUGGUGAUACACCGGAGGACUCACACAGGAGAGAAACCGUUUGAAUGUGGUCUUUGUGGGAAAAGUUUUAGUCAGAAUUGCAGCCUGGUGAAACACCAGAGGACUCACAUAGGAGAGAAAUCAUAUGAGUGUCCAGUUUGUGGGAAACGUUUCAGUCACAAUUCCAAUCUAGUGAAACACCAGAGGACUCACACAGGAGAGAAAUCAUAUCAGUGUCCAUAUUGUGGAGAAAGUUUCAUUACAAAAUUGCAGCUCAUGAGUCACCAGAAGACUCACACAGGAGACAAACCCUUUGAAUGCUUUGAUUGUGGGAAAUGUUUUAGUUACAAUUACAAGCUGGUGAUACACCAGAGGACUCACACAAGAGAGAAACCCCUUGAAUGUCCUUAUUGUGGAAAAAGUUUCAUUAAAAAUUACCACCUCGUGAUACACCAGAGGACUCACACAGGAGAGAAACCAUUUAAAUGUCCUGAUUGUGGGAAAUGUUUCAGUGAGAAUUCCAGCCUAGUGAUACACCGGAGGACUCACACAGGAGAGAAACCCUUUGAAUGUCCUGUUUGUGGGAAAUGUUUCAGUCAGAAAUCCCACCUGGUUAUUCACCAGAGGACUCACACAGGAGAGAAACCCUUUAAAUGUCCUGAUUGUGGGCAAUGUUUCAGUGAGAAUUCUGUCCUGGUGAUACACCGGAGGACUCACACAGGGGAGAGACCCUUUAAAUGUCCUGUUUGUGGGAAAAGUUUCAGUCAGAAUUCCAAUAUGGUGGUACACCAGAGGACUCACACGGGAGAGAAACCCUUUGAGUGUCCUGAUUGUGGCAAAAGUUUCAGUCAGAAUUCCAAUAUGGUGGUACACCAGAGGACUCACACAGGAGAGAAACCCUUUAAAUGUCCUGAUUGUGCGAAAUGUUUCAGUGAGAAUUCCAGCCUAGUGAUACACCGGAGGACUCACACAGGAGAGAAACCCUUUGAAUGUCUUGUUUGUGGAAAAUGUUUCAGGCAGAAAUCCUACCUGGUUAUUCACCAGAGGACUCACACAGGAGAGAAACCCUUUAAAUGUCCUGAUUGUGGGAAAUGUUUCAGUGAGAAUUCCAGUCUAGUAAUACACCAGAGAACUCACACAGGAGAGAGACCCUUUAAAUGUCCUGUUUGUGGGAAAUGUUUCAGUCAGAAAUCUCAUCUAGUGAUUCACCAGAGAACUCAUACAGGAGAAAAACCCUUUGAAUGUCCUGAUUGUGGGAAAACUUUCAUUAGUAAAUCCCAAGUCAUGAUUCACCAGAGGACACACACAGGAGACAAACCCUUUGAAUGUCCUGACCGUGGAAAAAAAUUCAGUCAGAGUUCCAACCUGAUGAUACACCGGAGGAAUCAUACAGGAGAAAAAUGGUUUGAAUGUGUUCUUUGUAGGAAAAGUUUUAGUCGGAACUGUAGCCUGGUGAAACACAAGAGGACUCACACAGGAGAGAAAUCAUAUCAAUGUCCGUAUUGUGGGGAAAGUUUCAUUAAAAAAUUCCAGCUCAUCAGUCACCAGAGGACUCACACAGGAGAGAAACCCUUUGAAUGUCCUGAUUGUGGGAAAAGUUUCAUUAGUAAAUCCCAAGUCAUGAUUCACCAGAGGACACACACAGGAGACAAACCCUUUGAAUGUCCUGACUGUGGAAAAAAUUUCAGUCAGAGUUCCAACCUGGUGGUACACCAGAGGACUCACACAGGAGAGAAACCCUUUAAAUGUCCUGAUUGUGGGAAAUGUUUCAGAGAGAAUUCCAGUCUAGUGAUACACCAGAGGACUCACACAGGAGAGAGACCCUUUAAAUGUCCUGUUUGUGGGAAAUAUUUCAGUCAGAAAUCCCAUCUAGUGAUUCACCAGAGGACUCACACAGGAGAAAAACCUUUUGAAUGUCCUGAUUGUGGGAAAAGUUUCAUUAGUAAAUCCCAAGUCAUGAUUCACCAGAGGACACACACAAAAGACAAACCCUUUGAAUGUCCUGACCGUGGAAAAAAUUUCAGUCAGAGUUCCAACCUGAUGAUACACCGGAGGAAUCACACAGGAGAAAAACGGUUUGAAUGUGUUCUUUGUAGGAAAAGUUUUAGUCGGAACUGUAGCCUGGUGAAACACCAGAGAACUCACACAGGAGAGAAAUCAUAUCAAUGUCCGUAUUGUGGGGAAAGUUUCAUUAAAAAAUUCCAGCUCAUCAGUCACCAGAGGACUCACACAGGAGAGAAACCCUUUGAAUGUCCUGAUUGUGGGAAAAGUUUCAUUAAUAAAUCCCAAGUCAUUAUUCACCAGAGGACACACACAGGAGACAAACCCUUUGAAUGUCCUGACUGUGGAAAAAAUUUCAGUCAGAGUUCCAACCUGGUGGUACACCAGAAGACUCACACAAGAGAGAAGCCCUUUAAAUGUCCUGAUUGUGGGAAAUGUUUCAGAGAGAAUUCCAGUCUAGUGAUACACCAGAGGACUCACACAGGAGAGAGACCCUUUAAAUGUCCUGUUUGUGGGAAAUGUUUCAGUCAGAAAUCCCAUCUAGUGAUUCACCAGAGGACUCACACAGGGGAGAAACCCUUUGAAUGUCCUGAUUGUGGUAAAAAUUUCAUUGGGAGUUCCAACUUGGUGAUUCACCAGAGGACUCACACAGGAGAGAAAUCAUAUUAGUGUCCUGUUUGUGGCAAACGUUUCAGUCAGAAUUCCAAUAUGGUGAUAUACCAGAUGACUCAUAUAGGAGAGAAACACUUUGAAUGCCCUGACUGUGGGAAAAGUACAUUAGAAAAGUCCAUCUUGUGAGACACCAGAGGAUAUGCAAAGGAGAGCAAAAAGGUUUCUGAUUGUGGGAAACAUUUCUGUUUCAAUUCAAUCCUGGUGAAACACCAGAGGACUCACAUGGAGGAGAUCUUUCAAAUGUCCAGUCUGUGGAUGGUACUUAGGGGGGAAAAUCACUCCUUAUUGCAUACAAGAAAAUCCACAUGAGGCAAAAGUUUAUGAGGUUAGAGAAGGCUUGAGUUUCCUUUCUGAUCUCCCUUUGAGAGUGUAGGUGAGAAAUUGACUCUUUGAAUUGUGGCCUGAUUCUUUUUAGUCCACACAUCUCAAGUUUAGACCAGUAAGUGGAGAGAGAAAAGUGGAAACAGUUUGAUUAAAGGCUAACUACCUGUUUCUGGUUAUCAGCAGAAAUUUCUGGAUAUUUUCUUUUGCAGAAGUUGUAAAAAAAGGCUUUGGGGUGGUAUUUUUUCUAUAUUGAUUAUGGAAUUCUAAAAUGUGGAGUUUCUGUCUUCUACCUUGUCCUUUAUUAUGAGCGCCAUAAUUCCCCAGCGACCAUAUAAGUAGUCCUCGAGAUACAGCUAUAAUUGGGCCUGCCGCUUUCAGUUGUACAUUCUAACGGUGGUUAAGUGACAUUACCUUGCUAAAUUACCCCCACCCCAGUCUCUCUCUGAUGAAGCCAUCAAAUGAACGUGCAAGUUCUUAAGUGCAAUGGUGCUACCUCAGAGUUUGGGGAAGCUCUUGGAGGCCUAGCGCAGAUCCAGGCUUGCCUUCCAAAGGCUUCCCCUAUCCCAACCUUUGGAUCCUCCCGGGCCUUUCUCUCCCUCACACGUCCCCAUAGGUCUUUUCCUCCCCAAUACGGUCCUCACAAGCUUUUUCUCACUCCCACUGGAUCCCUGCAAUCCUUAGGCCUGACUUCCACCCCACCAGGUAUCACAGUCUCCUCCUCCAUACCUUUUGAAGAUCUCUGACCCUCAUGUUGGGGAAAGAGGGCAGGACACCCAUCUCUAGGCUACAUGACUGAAUUGUGAUUGUGCCUGAGAUUCAAUCCUGGCCCACGCGAUGGACAUGUGGAAAUAGCUGCCAUUUUGCCAUGCCUGCCUCUGGGUCAAACUGGUGUCUGCUUCUGGGUCACUGUUGCUUGGGAGUGGGAUGAACUGUUCUGUUUUGCUACCUUAACACUUCAUAGACUGUGUCUAAUUUAAGGGGAGUUAAAGGUUAAGUAUGAUGUUUUUUCUUCUUUUAUCUUUUUUUUUUCUUUUUUCUUUUUUAUUAUUGUUAACUUUCUUAAUAAUAACCCUGUACUCUGCUCUG